AUUUCUUUGGAAGCGGAAGGAGGGUUGUUGUCGUAUUAUUUGGGUGUGGGCUCGAGCCCGGGCCUAAUGGCUCGGGACUCGGGAUUCGGGGCUGGAGAGUCGCUCAAUUCCCGUCAAUCGCGUGGUUCCUCUGUUCACAGAUCAUCAGUACAGAUGCACCUCAGGGUGGUGAGUUUAUUGCCUUGCUCUGCUCUCUGCAGCAAUGCCAUCUAUGAUUUACCCACCACGUUGCUGUUGUUAGCCAAAUCAUGGUUGAUGAGCCACUGUACAGGAGUGAGAACUAUUGCAGCAACUAUUGAUGGUUAUGGAGUGACCAAGUAGUCCAUAGUGGGCAAUCGGCAGAGACUGCUGACUGGAAUAAGUGGUGCUGAAGGAAGGGUUGUGUGAGCACAACAUAAGAAGAAUCUUACAAAACAGCUUUUUGAAGGCAAAGAAGAACAUUUCAACCUCCUGUCAGACAUAGCAUUUGUUCAUUACCAUGGCUGAAGGUUCAAACGAGAAUCAAGAUCCAAGAUCUGUGGUGGAUACAGCUCUGAGGUGUACGUUCAAGGAAGUCUUGGGAAAUUGCGAUAACUACAGUCUGUUCAGACUGACACAAUUCUACCGGAACAGAUUAGAACCGGCAAUUGAAAAGGAAGUGAAAUCAAUCAGCUUGCUACUUAAAGAGCAGCAGCAUUUCAGUGAAAAAGAACACAAGCUACUGGUGGAGGACAAGAAUCAGACCAACAGUUCCAAACUUCUUCUAACUCUCGUGAUGGAGAAAGGCUGUGCUGCACGAAGGGUAAUGUGGGAGGCGUUUCUGAAAACAACAAGUAGAUUACCAAAAUUAGAGAAAAUUCUGAAAGAAAUACAAGAACUUGGUACGAAUCCUGAUGAUUAUUUGAAAAACAUCCGGGGCUUUGCUGGGGUUCCCAGUGAAUUAAAAGAUGUUCAGAAGCAACACAUGGAAGAACUCCGGAAACAAACAGAACAGCUGAGAAUGAACACAAUUCAUGGCAAAGAGAUGCCUAAAGUUUGCCAGCUGGUUGACCGAUAUGCUGAGCUUACGGUCAUUUCAUGCAUUCGAGAUUGGAAACUUGUAGAGCACGAGCUGUUGGCAAAAGGUCAGGAGCAUGAAGAGUGGAGAGAGAGACAGCUCCAUGAUAAUCUGGAUAUAAUAGGGAUGGAUAAGUUGUUUUGUAGCAGUUAUAGCAGGAGUAAAUACAAUACUGGGAGUUCAUCUGCUGUGAGUGGAAUUCCAGGAAUUGGAAAAACAACAAUGGUGCAAAAGAUCAUUUAUGACUGGUCCACUGAGAAAAUCUACCCAAAAUUCAAAUUUGUAUUCAGUUUUAAAUUUCGGGAGUUGAAUGAUAUUAAUUGUAGCAUAACACUACGUGAAUUGAUUUUGAUUCAGUAUCCCUACCUUAAGAACGUGCUAAGUGAAAUUUGGAAAAUUCCAGAGCAAAUAUUAUUUCUAUUUGACGGCUUGGAUGAAUACAAGUUCGGAAUUGAUUUUGCAGACAGUCGGAGAAACACAGAUCCCAAGCAUGUGUGCAAAGAUCCUGAGUGGUGGUGUGAGGUGGCUGACAUUGUGUACGCGUUAAUACAACGCACACUGCUCCCAGGAUGUUCAGUGCUGCUGACCAGUCGUCCCACUGCAUUGCACUUACUGCAAAGCGCCAAGAUCGAUAUCUGGGCUGAAAUCCUUGGGUUUUCUCAUGAAGAACGGAAGGAAUAUUUCAACAGGUAUUUUGAAGAUGAGGCAGUGGCAGCAGCCGUUUUCAAACACAUACAUGAGAACCAGAUCCUGUACACAAUGAGCUUUAAUCCUUCAUACUGCUGGAUCCUUGGUCAAACCCUAGGCCCUAUCUUCAUAAAAAGAGGCAAUAAUCUGCAGAGGAUUCCCAAGACCAUUACUGAAUUGUAUUCCUACCAUAUUUACAACAUCCUGAAAAACCACAGUCGCCUCGAUGAGCCACGUGAUGUAUUGCUGAGGAUCGGUAAAAUGGCCUUUGCAGGAGUCUCUGAGAAGAACAUUAUGUUUCGGAAUGGAGAUCUGGUCAAGUAUGGUCUGCAACCUUCCCAGUUCCUUUCUGGAUUUGUGAUUGAACUCUUGGAGAGAGAUGAUUCUGUUCAGAAUGUGGUAUACGCAUUCACACAUCUCACCGUCCAAGAGUUUGUAGGCGCACUAGCACAAAUCUUAACUGCAGAUCGUGGGGACAUCAAGAAGCUCUUUGAGGAAGCUCACCAGGAGGAAGAUGGGCGAUAUGAAUUACUUCUCAGAUUCGUUGUGGGUCUAUCUUCAAAGUCCCAUCAGCCCCUGAAAGAGUUUCUGGGACAAUUUCCUCAUGAAACAACCUAUGAAGUGAUUGAUUGGAUAAAGAUGGAAAUCAAAAAGCGGUUUAAAAACACAGAGAGCAGAGCUGGUAAAAGGAAUCUCCUGAAUAUGUUCCACUAUCUCUUUGAGCUUCAGAAUGCACCAUUAGCCAAGACCACAGUGGGCGCAGUGAAAGCACUAAAAUUUAGUGGUUUGCAAAUGAAUCCAAUUGACUGUGCUGUCCUAUCCAAUGUGAUUGGCUUGUGUGAUACAAUAAACGACCUUGAUCUGCAGAACUGCUCCAUCCAGUGUGAUGGACUCCGGUGGCUGAAACCAGGAUUGCACAAGUGUGUGGUGCUAAGAUUAUGGAACAAUAAACUAGGAGAUUCAGGAACAAAAUUACUGUCUGGUGUACUAAAGGAUCGUCAAUGUAAAAUAGAGGAACUGCAACUAGGUGCUAAUGAUCUCACAGCUUCUUGUAUUGAGGACCUUGCCUCUGCUCUCAGUGAAAAUCGGUCACUGUUGGUGCUGGAACUGAGUAACAACAAACUGGGAAAUUCCGGGAUGAAAUAUCUGUCUGUGACUUUGAAGAAUCCUGGCUGUAAAAUACAGAAACUGAGCCUGAAAGCCAAUGGUCUCACCGAUGCUUGUGUUGAGGAUCUUUCCUCGGCUCUCAGUAUAAAUCAGUCACUGACAACUCUGUCUCUGGGGAGUAAUAAAUUGGGUGACACAGGAGUGCAACAACUGCCCAGGUGUCUGCGAAACGUCAAGAAAUUGGACCCGAAUCAAACGCUCUUUGGUAUGAGGAUAAUGGAUCCGGAGAUUUACUUGUCGUGCUUUCAAACUUGAAUCUGAAUGAAAACAGGAAAUGUGAUGUGCACGGUCGAUUAUUGGAAAGGAAUCCAGUACUUCUGAACCAAAGACAUCCAUUAAAAACAGAGAAGAAAACAGUGAGAUCGCCACUCUCAAAUUUUUCUGGAAUCCCAAUUAACCAAAUAUUUUGUCUUCGAGAGCGGUUUUCAAGAUCACUAAUUUUAGAUUUAUAACGAUCCAUCUGUUGAGAAGUCGAAGUUUGCUGUUGUUGCAAAGUUUCGAUUAUACGAUCUCUCUUGUGAGCGGCUUCUUCAAGAACUAAAAUACUUGCUUGUUGUUUUUGUGACUCCAGUGUAAGUGCUUGAAGUUUUGCAUCGAAUGUCUUUAACAUUUCAUCAAACGUAGCGAGCUUUGCGGUUAAUUUACUCUCCAGUUUUCCAAGUCUGUAGUCCAUAAGAUUCGCAAUUGCUUCUACAGUUACUGGUUCUUUCGUCUGUUUCGAUUCCUUUGCUUUAGACAUUUCAGCGAGUUGAAAAUGAUUUAAACAGUUGAAAAAAUUAAAUAUGUUUAAACCCCUUUAGAAUAGGUAUAAAAACAUCAAUUAGGGGGUGUUUGUAGGUUAGAAAAAUGUAAAAGGUUUGGAACAAAGCCUAAAAGCGCUUCACUCCAUAAGCGCCAUCUUGAGACCCCUGCCUUAAUCGCUUUGGCUAACUUAGUUGGUAAGCGUUGGAGCAGUAAGGCAUUAAACUGGGAGGAUGGAUUCCCAUUAUUAAAGGCUUGGUCUCCUGAAAAAGUGCCAUAGCAGGCCGCAAAUCACCCCUGAUGAUCUGGUACUGAUUUCCCAAGCUUAGGUUUGCAUUCAAGUACUUUAGUGAUAUUUACAGGUUGCUGGAGAGCCCUCUCCAAGGCUUGAAUAAUCUGGUCUGUCUGUUCAUUCUGAUUUUAGUUUCCCGCCUGUAACUCCUGAUAGGUUUGGUAUCUUAACUCUGCCUUCCAUUUCUGCUACUCAUCAGCUGAGAGAAUCAUGCAGCAGAGACCAAAUAAACCUUGCAGGGUCGCAUUAAGCAUUUGUACGUUAGACAUUAUACUGUGGACAUACUGAGGAAACUGUGCUGUUUUUUUUCUUUUCCUAUCUGGGGCCUGAUUCAUGAUCAUUAUCGUUUCUUGAGACUUCCAGGGUGCAUGGUUUUAUUGGAUACUUCCCCCACUGUCUCGGAAUAAUCCUUGGUAUUCCCUUCCUGGAUCUCAGGGUAUAGAGAGCCUCCCCUUCCCUUCGCUGCUGUUUACCCAAGUGGCCACGGUAUCUAAGUACUGAGAGGAUGGGGCUUCAGGAGCAUUGGGUACACUAGGCCCCUGAUAAGGUGGGGGUUACGGUGAGUGCCUAAUCCUCAUCGCGGUCACUAUCCUCAAAUAGGGUCGCUAUGCCAGAUGUGGGUUUGGGAUCCCAUAUUUGCCCUAGAUCUCAUGCGCAGCACUGCCAAUCUAAACUUUCCUGACUGUCCAUAUCAGCCUUUGCCUGUUUUCUUUGUUUCUCUCAUUCUCUUUUUCUUCUAUCUACCCAUUCGCACUCGGCUUUUAAUGUUUCCCAACUCUUGGGAUUUCCUUCUGAUGUACAAACGUUGUACAUACCUCAAUACCCCUUUAUCACAUGCUUUGUUCCUCCAACUGGCCAGUUAAGUAUUAUUUCAUUUGGUAUCAGCUUUACCUUUCCAUUCUUUAAUCAAUAAUUUCCACUUUUUACUGCAAAUUAAAUUUAUUGCUUGUUCACAAGAGGUUAUAUCGCAAUUUCCCCCGGUGGCCACACACCAUUCCCCAGCUUCUUUAUUAGUGCUGCACUUAACAUCCAGAUAGACUGCAGGGGAGGCCCUUUUCCCUCUGUUUGGCUAAACGCCUGUCCCGGUCAAUAUACUGGUCAACCGUCUGUUGCCCAUUUAGUUACUUCAAUUUACCAUGCCACUGCCUGUCACUGGCCCACCGAGUCAGUUAGAAAUAACCAGGUCGAUUACCCCCUUAUCUAAUUACCGGGUUGCUGCCCCCUCCUAAUAGGCCAGCUGCCUUUUCCUUGCCAUUGUCAAAUUAGUUAAGUCGACUCAAUUAUACAGCUUAAUCGACCAGGCCAAAGACCUGUUGUCUAAUUCUUCAGCACCUGCAGACUUUAAUACUCAGGAAAACAACUGCUUACCUCAUUCUCCUGGUCCAGGUGGUUAGUUGGAUCCCGUCAAGGUGCAGGUUCCUCAAGGGCAAGGGGAAGAAUACCUGACCAGACACAAGGAGUGGCCAGAAGUAAAACAUCUCGGGGCGCCCUACCACUCAGUUGUGUUCAAUUCAAACUCUUGGUUGCUUACUCAGCCCAGGGAAACGUUCGCUAUGUGGGAUCUGAGUCAUGUCAUCAAAUAUAAACUUAAAUUUGCCGGACCAAAUAACCACACCACACACUAGACUUUACUUUAACCGUUUACCAGUUUAUUUGUUCGAACUCAGCCGGCGAGAAGACUCGGAGCCGAUCAUCAGGAAGGCAGAGCAUCUCUCUCUCUCUCUCCCCGGCGGCUUGCAACAAGCCCCAGGGGAGGGGCCUAGUUGAGGGUCAGAAGGGCAGAGGUGAGGGAGCCCAUACUUACAUACUUAGCCAGCGAUCUGAAAUAUGGUCUAAGUGAAUUUUGGUUGUGGAUUGAGUGUUGGUGCCAAACAGUGUGGUUUGGGUAUUCAGAAACUACUGGUCUCCUGGGAUUUUCACACACAAGUCUCUCAAGUUCACAGAGAAUGCUGCAGGAAAUGGAAAUAUGUGGCGAGUGGCAGUUCUGUGCUCAGAAACACCUUGUUAACGAGGAACACACACAAAAUGCUGGUGGAAAGCAGCAGGCCAGGC